CUCCCUGUCCGUUCCGCCCUCCCGGGUCAGCGAGGCCAAUGGACGCCUAGGCCCGCGCGGCCCCGGCCGCGGCGAUUGGACAGCGGCGCAUGAAAGGGGCGCCGCCUUUUUAUAGGGCACCGCGGGCGGGGGCGCCGCCAAGCCCCGGGCAGUCGGUUCGCGCUGCCGUUACGUCGCGCCUGCGGGGCCCCGCCAGCUCCGCGCCCGCCGGCCGGCGCAUGGCCCCGGCGUCGCUCGGCAUGAACCCCGCUGGGCUCAGGACGUGCGGCGGGGUCCGGGCGGGGCCCGGCCCGCUGCCCUUCAGCGUCGAGUCGCUGCUGGAGGCAGAGAGCGGGCUGGGCCAGGAGCCCGCGGAGCCCCGGGAGGAGAGGCCGCGGGGCGCCGCGGAGCCCGGGGCCUGGUUCCCGCCGGCCACCCGCCCGUCCUGCCCACGCGCCCCCAGUCCUCCACCCUGCACCCUCCGAAAACACAAGAACAACCGCAAGCCGAGGACGCCCUUCACCACGGCGCAGCUGCUGGCGCUGGAGCGCAAGUUCCUCCAGAAGCAGUACUUGUCCAUCGCCGAGCGCGCCGCGUUCUCCAGUAGCCUGAGCCUCACCGAGACGCAGGUCAAGAUCUGGUUUCAGAACCGCCGGGCCAAGGCCAAGCGGCUGCAGGAGGCCGAGCUGGAGAAGCUGAAGCUGGCGGCCAAGCCGCUGCUGCCCGCGUUCGCCCUGCCCUUCCCCCUGCGCGCCCACCUGCCCGGCUCCCCGGCCGUGUUCGGCGGCGCGGCGGGCACCCUGCCGCAGGUGCCGGGACUUGUCUCCGCGCCCGUCGCCGCCUACGGCGUGUAUUACCUGUCCUAGGGCGGCCUGGGCGCGCGCGCGGCGAGCCGGGGGGCGGGGGGGCGGCCGCGGACGGAAGGCGCGGGGCCUGCGAGGUGG